AUGGAUCGCCUUCAGGAUCCCGCAACGACCCAAGCGCCUCUUCAGGUCAUGGAGACCCUCUCCAAACUCGCCAAAGAAGGAUCAGCAGUAAUAACACCAACAACUCCAUACGAAACUAUCCUCGGAAUGGAAAAGAGCCCCAUCAAUAUCCUAUUCUUCCAGGCGACCGCCAUCUUUUUCCUCCUCCAAUUCGUCCUCUUCUACACAACCUGGGCGAUAUUCCCCAUCUUUGGGAAAGAACGUCGUCGACUGGGCUGGACUCUGAGCUUCUUCUGCUCCGUUGGGUUCUUGAUCCCGUCCUUACUCCAGUUCGGAUACGUCCGCUUGACUAUUUAUGAGCGACUUGGGCUGGACGCGAUCUCGUUGGGUAUGGCUGAUCCAGAGAGCGCGACUGUGUUUACGGUCUGGGCACCCCAGUUCUUGAGCUGGGUCCAACAGCUCCCUGCUUACGCGUUCUCCCCCACCGAGGUGCCCUCUUCCCUGUCCCUGUCUCUGAUCCUCAAGACCCUCUCAAAUGCAGAGGGUGUUCUUCGGCUCGGUGGCGCAGCCCUACAAUGGAUGGUUUCACUCCCUAUCUUCUCACUCGCGCCCCUCAAACCAACCCAACUCUUCAACCCACAAGCAUUAUCAUCAUACCUCGGCGGAGGCACGCGUCUAUUGUACUCACUCGAGAACUUCCCACAGGAGUCUGUCUUUGGCGCGGUCGCGGUCGCGUACUUUGUGGGGUACGCUCUAGGAGAUCUGAUUCUGGGCUUUAUUCAUUACCCGGAUCAUGUCGACCCGCUGUCCGGGUGGGUCCAUCAUAUUGUGUAUAUCUUACUGGCCUGGCGACUGGCGAUGGUGAACCACCUCUGGAUCUUUUCCAUCUGCGGUGGACCCCUUGAGGUAUCGACGGUUUUCCUGGCAAUAAGCAACAUGUUCCCGCACCUGGAGAGCGCACGCUCUUUCUGGUUCCCCCUCACGUUCGUCCUGGCGAGGAUCAUUGGACAUGCACUGAUACUCCAGGAGAUUCUGUUCAAUUACCCAACACCCUCGGGGUCUGCAGAGCUCUUUGCGGGGUCGUUGUGUCUGCAUGUGUUUUGGAUCUGGAAGUACUAUAUGGGCGUGCGGCGGCGUGCGCAUCGGGCCAAGAAGGCUGCUGCUCUGGAGCAGAAGCAGAAGCAGAGGCAGGCAAAAGAGAAGGUGGCAAUUGGUACUUCUACGUCCUCGUCCAUGGGAUCUGAAGGAAAGACGAUCCAGCUGCGUAUUCAGAAAAGUAAGAAAUAG